AUGAUGGUCCAGGAGGCGGACGCACGCCCCCUGCUUUCCGCUCGCCUGGUCCCCCCCGCCGGUGGUCUGCAGGCCGGCGAGGUUUUGACUGCCGUCCUGGAGAUCCUGGCACCCUAUCCCUUGGCCCUCAUAGAGGUUGACAUCUCCUUGGUGGGCGUGGAGAGGGUGGACACCGCCUACGUGUCCCGAGACUGGCGAGCAGGGGUCCCCCCCCUCAUCACUGACCCCCGCCGCAUCCAGCGGCACUUGCUCCAGUCGGGCCUGUGUGCCGCCUGCCAGACGGACCUCGCAAACCCCGAGCUCCGUCGCUUCGUCAUCCAGAGUCGCCUGCCGUCGUGGCUCCCACCCACCUACAUGGGGACCGCCCUGCGGGUGGCCUACCAGCUGUCGGCCAUCAUCCGGUACCGCGACGCCUCCUCGGCCCACGAGUCCUCCUUCGCAGCCUCCCCCCUCUCGCCCCCUGGAGUCUCGCCGGCUCAGGCCGUGCUGCAGCACGCCCCCGCCAUGCGGUGCUGGGAAGUGGGGGCGGGGACCGACUUGACCCAGGCCCUGGACCACCUGGACGCCCUGGCACGCCAGGAGCCGGAGCGUGAGGCUGGCAGCGACGACGAAGGGGGGGGCGGUGCGCGUAUGAGCGCCGGCGAGGAGGAUGCCGCUCAGCCCUUGCCCAGCGAGGACAAGGCCGCCAGCGGUGGCGAGGUGCCGGACCCCGCCCGCACCUUUGCGCUGAGGCUGGGCGACCGGCCACUGGCGCGCGCGCGCGAGGCGGCGCCCCACGCCGCCAGCGUGGGCCUGCAGCUGGCGCUGCCGCGCGGGGCGACGCCCAGCUUCCGCACGCCGCUGUGCACGCUGGGCUGGGCGCUGCGAUUCGUGUUCACCGCCGUGGGGCAGAGCCCCAUGCGGGACCCGGGCAGCACGCCGUGGCGGGGAGCCACCGAGAAGCUGACCUGGCGCCUGCCCAUCUUGGUUGUCGCCCCCGGGGGAAUCCCGGGGGAGGAGCCCAACGAGUACUGA